GCAAAUAUAAGACACAACCUGAAGUUCACAGCAGCAGCAACAACAAAAGACAGACAAGAGCUCUUAAGCGGCGGCCGAUUGCAUAAGGGCGAUUCGAGACGCGCGCAGAAAAACCGUCAGACAGAUAAAAACUCGUCGCUUGCCUCGCAGCCGCUUCAAUUGAACACGCGUUCCAGCCAAGAGACCAGCCUCGUCAUCCGCCGGCCCACACAUUUGAACUUGAAGUUUCUACAACUAGAUAAAGCAAUUUUCAAAUAAAGACCUCUGAUCUUUGGCCAAAAACAGACUUAAUCAAUUAAAGAGGCGUUAAAACAUCAUCAAAAGUGAAAAUGCAAAUCAUUUGCCAUCAAAACCAUCUACUCCUGAUCCUGGGAGUAUGCUUUCUGUUUCUGCUGCAAGGAAUCUCAGCCGGAAAGAUAAAAUUGCUGGCUUUUAAAGGACCCCAUGCCGGCUUUGUGGGGCUUAAGGUGCGCACUCCUAAAUUACUGGGCCUGAAGCAUGCUCUGAGCGGAGGUGGACUGGGAUUCGGCGGUGGUGUUGGUGCUAGCAUUGGCGCUGGAAUCGGAGCAGGAUAUGGCGGCGGCGGCUAUGGCGGCGGGUAUGGCGGCGGGUACGGCGGCGGCGGGUAUGGCAGCAACAGUGGCUAUGAGCACCACGAAUUUCACGAAAGUCAUCACGAAAGUCAUCAUAGCAGCGGAGGGAGCUACGGAGGCGGUGGCUUCGGAGGUGGCCUCUGGGGCAAAUGAGAAUGUCAAUAGGUCAAUAGAAUAAGGGAAAAUCAUGUGCUUGCCAUUAGAAUCCAGAUCCACCCAAAAUUGUUAUUUAGUUGUAGACUCAUUUCCCCAUUCAUAAAAUAAAGUUAUCUAUAGGA